AUGUAUUCCCUAUCAACCGCUCCGCCUGUAGCUGCUCGUUUCGUUCGCGUCCUUGUGCUCCUAUGCGUGCUGUUACCGCUCGCCGUUUUCGCGACGAAGCCCAACGUCAUACCGGGCGGCGUGCAGCAGAUCGCCGACUUCGCGAACCGGGAGGACCUGCAGGCACUGGCGGCGUUCGCCGUGGAGCAGCACAACGAGAAGGAGGGCGCGGACCUGCACCUGGUGCGCGUGGAGAGCGCGCAGCAGCAGGUGGUGGCGGGCAUCCUCUUCCACCUCACGCUGCUCGCCACGUCGCCCUCCUCGCGCCGCACGGCGCAGUACAAGGCGACGGUGUGGGAGCGCGCGUGGCAGAAGUUCAAGGCUCUGCAGGCCUUCGCCCCCGUGCCUGAUACCGACCGCGCCGCCACGCCCGCUGAACUGCACGCUGCUGGUGCGGCGGCGGCUGCUGAAACGGCUGCUGGGACUGCUGCUGGGAUGGCUGGUGGUGAUGAUAGUGGUGCUGCUGCUGGUGGUGGUGGUGAGGGGGGGUGUGGCAACGCGGCGAGGGAUGGUGGUGAGGAGGCAGGGGUGGCAGCAGCGGCGGGCCAGGCACAGGGCACAUGCAGCAACAGAGAUGGGGAAGCGCAUUCCUCACCCGCGGUGCUGGAGGCAGCAGAGCGCGCUGUGGCAGCGCUGCAGCAGCGCUCCAACUCGCUCUACCCGUACCGCCUCAAGGAGGUCGUCGCAGCGCUUGCCACGCCGGCAGCAGCAGCGGGAUCAGAGCAGGGCACGACCAUGUUCCACCUGACGCUGCGCCUGCAGCGCGAGGCACCGGCCCAGGCCCAGGAGGGGCAGCAGGUGGUGGGGGCGCUGCCGGACGAGCUGUACGAGGUGGAGGUGCUGCACUCGCCCAACGGCCAGUGGUCCCUGCGCAAGGCCGUUGCCCUGCAGUGA